UGAACCAAUGAUUUACUGGGGUAAGGGGGAGUGAAGAGUUUUUCUCCCACAAAAUGGCUACCAGUUCUACACCUCAGCCUGAAAUCUCAGGACCUGAAAGUGAAAUUGAUGAUGGUGAAGAAAAGCCUAAGGCAAAGAAAAAAUUGAGAAAGAAAGUUCAGAAAAAGAGGAAAACACCAGAAUUUAAAUUUGAUUGGCCUAAAAAGAAUUAUUUUGAUGUCAAAUAUGGAGAAAUUGACCCUGUGAAAAAUCUUCUUCAUCGUAUGGUUUAUAUUGCAAGUCUGAGAAAUGAAGAAGCAGAUACAGAUCAAAUAGCAAAUUAUCAUGAAAAUUUGAAGAAGAACUUGGAGAGUGCACAGCAGUACUCAGAACAUGUUUCAAUAACAGGACUUCUCCUUGUAUAUACCAAACACAUUGUUCAUAUUGUAGAGACAACAACAGAGAUGUUAAGAGAGGUAAUCAAAGACAGUAAAAAGAAUAUGGAAGCCAGUAAUGGCCUUUUUUCACAAGUGAAAAUUCUUGUGAUAUCACAUGACAUUCCUGAACGACUUUACCAGAACUGGAUGUUUAAAACACUUGAAAUACAGUCUGCUCGACUUGACUCUUAUGACAGUUCAGAAUCUACAGAUAAGAUUGUGUUAGAUUGUCUCAUACAACUACUCAAACUAGGAAACCAUGUGGCCAAAAUACCCAAAGGAAAUUUCAAGAAUUCAUUUGAUCAGUUGCAUUCUAAAUGUGCAGAUUUAUUGCCACAGCAAGCAAUGCUACACUUUUUACUGGAGGAAGAUGAUUGUUCUAUGAUGACAGUAAAAGAAUAUUUAAACAUGUAUGAACAACCAUAUGAUGUUGUAUUAGAUAGUGAACUAGUGUGGCCACUUCCAACCAGACUGUUCCCAUACAACUAAUUUUGAAAAUGAAUGUUCAUCCUGAAUCUGUGAUAAUUGCUGCCGUCCAGACAUAGAAAUCUUUGUUUACUUUAUUCAAAGUGGAGAAAAGUACACUGUAAACUUCUAAAUAAAAAACUUGUUAUUCAACCUUAUGCAGUUAGGGGAAUCAUUAAUGUGUUAGUUUUUUGGAACUUUAGAAACUUGUCAAAAUGGCAUUAAGUAUUCAAUGAUUACUCUAUUUUGACAUGAUUACUUUGAUAUGAAAUAAUUCAACAACUUAUGCGCUCAGUUCAUACUAAAGGUGAGACAUUUACCUUCAUAAAGAGUAUUAUAUUUAUUAAGAAAGAAGUACCCUUUUUGAAGAUAUUUGUUCUCUGGUCUUCAUUGUAUAUUGUAUAAACUCAUUUGCAGGAUAAACUGAAAAGUUGAUACUUUGGAUUCAUUAAUAUUCAUUGGAUACUAAUUUUGUGUAUUUUUUGGGUACAAGGAAACCAAGAAGUUUCAAAAUGUUUAAUGAAUUACAAAUUUCUAAAGGAAUCUAUGCAGUCUUUUCUAAAACCAUGGUAUUGAAUAGCCACUAAAUUAAAGGUUUUCCUAAAUACACGAAAAAUUGGUAUCCAAGAAAAUAAAUAUAUUCACAGUACUGAGUAGGCAUUUUCAGCUCAAAAUUCCCCAAUUCAGUUCCAACCUUCUAUAAGCUGGUAUUUUAAAGAAUGAUUCCUUUUGUGCACUUUAAAUUGUAUAAGUUGAGCAUAUUUUAUUGUUGUUACAUAAUACCAUAUGGAAAUAUAUACACAUUUUUUUUUAAUAAAUAUUUUAUUUCCUGA